UCUGAGACCGCUUUCACGCUGUUUGGCUACGUCCGCUCCACAACACCCGUCAGGUCGACAUGGUCUGCUCCCAGGCAGCACUCAAUCAGCUAUUACUUCUGAGCUUCACUUCUUCAACUCCGUCAUGGGCGAUGAUAAGCAGAUUGCAACUUAUAGAGUCUUGGGUAAAGAUGGACUAGUCAUAGAAGGCGCUGAGCUGCCACAGAUAGGCGCGCAAUUCGGCAGGAAGCUGUACGAGACGAUGUCAACGCUUCCACUCAUGGAUAACGUAUUGUACAACGUACAACGGCAGGGUAAAAUAUCCUUUUAUAUGACCGCGUACGGAGAAGAAGCGAGUAUUGUAGGCUCUGCUGCUGCGCUUGCACCAGACGAUGAGGUACUUGGGCAAUACAGAGAAGUCGGGGUGCUCCUGUGGCGUGGUCUGGCCGUAGAAGAGUUUAUCAAUCAAUGCGUAGGCAAUGAGAGUGAUAUAGCCACCAAAGGUCGUCAAAUGCCUGUGCAUAUCGGUUCGCCCAAGUACCAUUUUCAUACUAUCUCGUCACCAUUAGCUACACAAAUACCCCAAGCUGCGGGCGUUGGCUACGCUUUGAAACAAGAUCCCGAGCGGAGAGGUCGAAAUUGUGCCGUGGUCUAUUUCGGUGAAGGCGCCGCUUCCGAAGGAGAUUUCCAUGCCGGCAUGUUGCUCGCAUCUACAAUCCCUUCGCCAACAUUGUUUUUCGCUCGCAAUAAUGGUUUUGCUAUCUCUACUCCUGCCUCUGAGCAGUUUCAUGGUGAUGGCAUAGCCUCACGCGGCCCGGGUUACGGAGUCGAUACCAUUCGUGUUGAUGGGAACGACGUCCUAGCCGUCCUCGCCGCGACACGCGCCGCACGAGAGCGGUGCAUUGCCUCCGGACGGGGCGUACUUGUCGAAGCUAUGACUUAUCGCGUUGGUCACCAUUCAACCUCAGAUGAUUCGUUUGCAUAUCGCUCUCGGUCAGAGGUUGAAGGUUGGGUCCGUGCAGACAACCCACUUUCGCGCUUCCGGUUGUUCCUUGAGACUCAGGGGUGGUGGAGCGAGUCAGAGGAAGAGGAAAUGCGUAAUCGAAUCAAGAAAACAGUUUUGGAGGCCUUCAAGCGUGCAGAGGGCAAGAAGCGACAUGAGCUUAAGGAGCUGUUCACGGACAUCUAUGGAGGCUCUGAACCUUGGAAUAUUAGGGAGCAGCGCGAAGAACUCACUGCGUUGCUGAGGAAAUAUGGCGAGGUUUGGGAGCCGUGGAAAAAGGAGCUGGCUAAGUUUAAAGGCUCUGGACAAGACCUCUUGGCACGUGGACCAGAUUCAAAGCAAUGAGUAGCGCAUACUUUGACGUCGAGCUCCAACAAUCAACACGGCAAAACAUCUUUCUCCGUGCACGAGUUCGGGAAGCAUAUGAGGACUGCUGAUGGUCAGAGAUGCAUCGACCAAUUACGACGCGUGGGUAGCGGAGUCGACAUCUCCACAAGGAGUUUGUUCCUGUCGUCUUGGGACCCUUUCACAUCGGACUCUUUCGUCGAGCUGCAGUGUACCAAACUGCAGCGUAUCUUUUACCUUCGCGCACUGUGCGAAGGGUGACGUCCGCAAUGCAUAGAUAACGUACGUAUUAA